GUCCCGACUUUCCUGUCCACGUCAGGGUCUCGAUGCAGGAAUGGCUCCUCGAGUGGACGAUGUCAUGCGCCUGUGCUGUAAAAUAUCAGCUCAUGAUCAGAUCAAGGUGGCGGUGAAGAACUCCACCAAAGGGGCCGUGGUUGCAGGAGGAGCUGCGUUCGUAUGCGGGAUGCUGGCUGGACCUCCGGGGAUCGCUGUCGGUGGAGCAGUCGGCGGUCUGUUGGGCAGCUGGCUCACCAGCGGGCAGUUCAAACCUCUGCCUCAGAUCCUGAUGGAGCUGCCUUCCAACCAGCAGCAGAAGCUCUAUAACGACGUCUUGGCCGUCAUAGGAACCCUGGACUGGACUGAUGCAGCGCAGCUCAUCGCCCUGGUGAUGGGCAAUGCAACGCUCCAGCAGCAGGUCACCGCUGCGUUACUAAACUACGUCAGCAAGGAGCUCAGGGCGGAGGUGCGCUAUCAGGACUGAGGCAUCGAUGCUCAUGGACCGUUUCUCCCAAAACACAAGCACAGUACUUAAAACACAUUUUAGAAUCAAUCGGAAGAAAGACUGUGAAUCAUGAAUGUUAUCCUUGAUGGCUGAGCCAAUCAGAGCAGAGAGCCUUCAGAGCGUCUGAUGUCAUCACAAGAAGGGAAUCAUCACUCAAUCAUUUACAUCCUCUCUGCUUUUUUAAAACAAGUUUUAAAAAAAG